AUGUCUUCUGAUAGUACUAGCCCUGCUGCUGCUGCCAGGGGAAAUCGCAGUGUUGAUUCUCUUCUGUUGGAUAAUGAUGCGAUUUGGAUCCAAGGCAUUCUGCCUUUGGUUGGCGUUGGUCAGUACGCUUUUGUAGGAGCUGUCAACAAGAAGAUGAACCAACUCUAUAAAGAGUACUGCACAAUUGAACUAAAGAAACAUCCUAGAAUGGUACAGGAUAACCCUGGACGAUACGUGUAUUCGCACCGUCGCUCUGCAGAAAUCACCGACACUCUUAAUAGGGAAACAUUCUGUAACCAGCCACGUGCAGAAUACUGGCGGACGGACAAAUAUAGUGGAACCAUAACACCCGAUCACGAUUAUGCUUGCGCUGCAAUUGCCGCAGUUGGAAAUCUUGCUUUCAUGCAGUGGGCACAACAACAAAGCUUGCCUUGGAAGAACGGUAAAACAUGCUAUCAUGCUGCUAAAAAUGGACAUUUGGAGAUUCUGAUUUGGUUAAGACAGAAUGGUUGUCCAUGGAGUAUAACAACAAGCUGGGUUGCUGCUCAAAAUGGACAUUUGGAACUUCUAAAGUGGGCUCGUGCAAAUGGUUGUGAAUGGGAUUCAGACACAUGCGAGCGUGCUGCCAAAAAUGGACAUUUGGAUAUUCUAAAGUGGGCACAUGACAAUGGGUGUCCAUGGCAUGCAUCAACAUGCAAGGCUGCUGCUGAAAAUGGACAUUUCAAUAUCUUAAAGUGGGCUCAUGAAAAUGGCUGUCCGUGGAGUGCGUCAACAUGCAAGGCUGGCUGCUGCUGA